AUGUCAUAUAAAUCUGACACAUCGAGGCAGGCUCAGCACGGGGCGAGCGGCCCGGGCGGCGAUGCGAACCAGGACGAGGACUCGAGCUCGGGAUCGAGCUCCGGCUCGAGCUUGAGCGAUGAGUCGGUCCAGGACGACGGCGAGGGCGCCGGACAUAGAACGGAGCGUACGGGGGAGCACGGAGUGGCGCUCGGGGAGCAGGUGGACGAGCGAGUAGAGCUUAUCGAGCAGCAGGCGACAGGGGAAACUAAGGCUGUCGAGGAGCAGGAGGGCGGAGCGGCUGCGCAGGAGGGUGGGAUCGGAGGGCAGCAGCAGGUGGUGGGCGAGGCGGCUGCGCAGGAGGGCGGGGCAGGAGGGCAGCAGCAGGAGGGCGUGGCGGCUGCGCAGGAGGGUGGGGCAGGAGUGCAGCAGCAGGAGUUUAGGGUUGCGGCUGCGCGGGUGGGUGGGUCGGGAGGGCAGGAGCAGGAGGACGGGGAGGCUGCUGAGGAGUAUCGUCGAGGAGAUGAGCGACAUGCCGCCGUAACAAGGAGUCACCGCACAGCCAGUGGCAGCGGACAGGCGGGCCCUUCGACCGGGUGGCCUUCGACGGCAGGCCAAUCGACGGCGAACGUUGCACCCGGAGGCCAGGUCGUCGAGCUACUGCAGAGGGUUGAGAAGGUCGAGGUGUCGCAGAAGCAGCUCGUCGCCGAUGUAUUUGCGAAACACACUGAGCAAGCCGGAGUAUUCAACAGGCUUGCUGCAGAUUUUCGGACGGCGUGGAAUACGAUUUCGGAGUCGUCGAAGAGCACACUGUCGCAGUGCGCCGAGGCUGUGAAGGGUGUCACGGCGGAGAGGAACCUGUUGGAAGGGGCGCGGGCGAAGAUCGACGAGAUGAGCGGGAAGAUCAUCGAAGGGGUGGCAGCCGCCAUCACAAAAGCGAGCGAGGACGCCGUCGAGAAGCAGCUCAAGCAGGUCGAGGAGCGGCUGGUUGCUGCGGUGCUGAAGGGUUUUGAGAAAGCCAUCAUGGAGGACAUGUUCUGCUCCACCCUCCCACCCGAGACCAUGAAGGAGCUGAAGGACAUUGUGAGGGAAGGCUACCAUGAAGCCGAAGCAGGGAGGUUGGAAGUCCUCACCGAAGCGAUGGCGAGAAGUUUUCAGCGCUCUGCGGGCCCGUCGACGAGGUCGCGUCAGGAGGGUGUGGGAGGGGUUCGCAGCGGGGCUGAGCCUCGAGGUCACCAGCGGUCGGUUCCUCCGUCUUCUUCGGUGGGAGGACAUGUCGGCAGCCCGGUUGGAUCCCCACCGGCGCGUGGCCGUCAUCCCGUCGCCAAGCCCGUCGAGGAAGUCAUUGUACUCGACCAGUCGGCCCUCUCGAAGACCUCUGUAGCGGCUCCGAUCGAUCCACCUGAUGCGUUUGCUUUGAUGCGGGACAUGCUGCAAGGCCUGGGGAAAACGGGUGGGAAAGGAGUGGUCGCGGGGGAGAAAAGUGGUGCCCCGAACGAGCACGUCGCCUCGAUCGAGAACAGAGCCCUAGGAAUGCGAGGUGCCUCUACCCCGUCAGGCGGCGAUGCGGGGAAAGGAGCGGGAGAAGCAAGCGCUGGGUUGCUGUCGAAGACUAAAGCUACAUCAGCUGCGCACGGCGGUGGUGCUGGCCUUGCUGUCGGGCUUGUGGGAAAUUGGGCGUCUUCCUCAACCCCUCCAGUUGCUCCUAUCGCCGCUGCUCCGUCCCUAGGCAACGAAAAGGCGAAGAAGGCCAGGGUCACGGGUCACACCCCACCUCCUCGACCGGACGACCAAGGCAAGACGAGAGGCUGCAAACGUCCCUUCAAAGGACCGGGUUUCGGGUUGCGGAAGGGGAAGCCGGUUUCCGAGCAGACCGUCGGCGGGAGGAAGCGGUUCCUUGGCACUUUUGAAACAGAGAAGGACCUGAAGUUCUGUACGGCCGUCUGCUGGCGCGUGUACUUCCCCGACGUUGUCCUUACGGAUUACCUGUCGCUGUUGGCGACGGCAAAAAAGGAAGUGAAAGCUGGAACCGAGAGGGGAAUCGCGCUGUGCGUGGCGAUUGGUAAGGUCGCGACGCUUGGCCUGAAGCACGGGAAUCUGAUUUACCCGGUCCCGAAGGGCAUGGCGGCGACACCGCACAUGAUGGCCAUCGCAGCAACUGUGGCGAGCUUGUGGGCGGCCUGCAGGAAGUUGUCGAGGGAGGAUAUUAAGAAGGAUGCCCUAGCUGCCGCAAACGCGGCGAUCUACGCCCCAGAGACUGCAAAGAAGGCUUGUGUGGCUGCCAUGUCCGCACUCGUGUCCAUACUUUUGCACGUCGGCAAGACGUUCCCGGUGAAGCAGUGGCCCGAUCACCUGUAUUCGUCGGCUGUCGAAGGUCUUGGCUCGACGGACGCCAUACUGCUGCAGAUGCUGCGCGUGGCAGCACAUGUCUGUACGCAAUGGUGCUGCUGUCGAGCUGCUGCCCGCUUGCUGGAGGACGCGGGCUAUGGCAGCCUGGCUAUGCCAGAAGAAAAGAGCAAGGCGAAGCAGGGCGACAAGGAUGCAGCUGAGACGGAAACGGGCGGGCAAGGGGAGUAG